AUGCAUCCCAAGCAAUAUUUGCGAAUCCAAGGAGAUAGCCAACUCCUAACUGAAGAAAUGACUGCCGUUGACGAGUCUUUGAAGAGGGUCCACGAGCAAAAGCUGAAAGAGCUGAAGAUUGUCGCGGAGAAAGUGAAUGGCACUGUCAAGUGGUACUCCGUCCUUAGCCACUACGGCUUCAUUCGAAUUGAAAAAGAAGACGUCUUUGUGCAUCAGUCUUCGAUCCUGGAAUCCCGAACCAAUCGACUGGGAAAGGAUGGA